AUUGACAUUAUUUCCAUCGCGUACUUAUGUGUGCAAUGCGAUCGUUUGUUUUCUCUUUUAUUAAUUUAUUUCUUUUAAAGUCCUUGUGUUUAUUUCCAUUUCUAAAGCUUGUGUAACAAUGCAAUGAGAAAGUUUUAGCUUCCCUGACAAUAACGUGCUCAGUGCAAGUUUUUGCGAACUUUCGCGUGUUUUGUUGUUGCUUCGCUCCAAUUUUUUAUCAAAAUAGUCACUAAUGAAGAUACUCUGACUGGCAUUGAGGAAAUGGCGGGCGGCGUGCUCUGGUCGCGGCGGCUCGCGGCGCGCAUGCGCGUGCUGCGCGGGCUCGUGCGCGACACGCGCCGCUCGCUGCGCGACGUCGCCGACGCACUAGAGCUGGAUAUAAGGGAUGUCACCGGCCGCGUAGAGGAAAUAGGAGAUGCAUCAGGCCGCCCUGCAGCUAUAGUGGUGCUAGGGACUAGUGCUGCCGCGCGGGCGCGCCUGUUGCACUGUCUUCUCGGACGUCGCCUAUUGCCGGAGCCAGCGCCGACUCACUGCCGCUGGCUCCGGAUACAGUAUGGUAGCAGCACCCAAGUGCAUCUCACUCUCGGCAACUCGGAAUUCGAGCUGGUCGAAGAUCUGGAAUGCAACAAGGCUCCUUGGGAUACUUUGCCGCUUGAGGAUCUCAUCCGCCAAGACUCAACUGACUUCUCAACAAUGCUAGAAGUCGAACUGAACAUUCCUAUACUAAAAGACGGUCUUCGCAUCAUCGUCCCACCGGACAUAGCUGCCGACGAGACAACCCUACCCAAACUAAAGCAAAAAUACUUAGAACUGUACGAAAAACGAGAUGUAAUACUAAAACUGUUUAACCCUAUAUACUUAUACGCGGUAGAUAGGAUAGGUAAAAAUGUGUUCAGUGAUGAUAUAUCGAGUGAUAACGUUGUGUGCUCUAAGAGUGAGGAGGAUUUUUGGACUAUGUUCAAUAUGUAUCAGUCGCAUAAUAGUGAGACUGAGAAGGAAUGUGUUGUUGAAAAAGUUAGGAAGUGGAAAGCUAGGGAUGGUGAUGAUUUCGUGCUUACGGCGGAGAACUGCUUAGACCUCCACCAAAUAAAAGAAAUCAACCCCAAUGCGCAAGUUCUCUUCGCAUUAUUCGCGGACAGCCAAGCCGGAGAUCGAGUGGAUCUCUGGUACGAUGCCACAGAAUCUACGGAAGAGCCGUGCUGUUUAGGAGAACUUCCCGAAUCGGACCAGGAAUUGGUGGAAGGCAUUAGGAGUUAUCUUGAGAACGAGUGGAUCUGGUAUGAUGCCACAGAAUCUACGGAAGAGCCGUGCUGUUUAGGAGAACUUCCCGAAUCGGACCAGGAAUUGGUGGAAGGCAUUAGGAGACACUCGGAUGAUUCUCCAUUAAGCAAAAGACUGACAGUAAGAUAUAGCGAAGAUAGACUGGAAAGACUGAGCGAGGAACGAGUGGCCUUCAUGAACGAGCUGUUAGACCAAUGGGAACUUAUGUUUCAUCCGCCCCCAAAGCAUCAAACAAAAAGUCAAUGGCUAAUAGUUGACGAUGUCGAAAUACUACGGACAGUCGAGAGCAAACCCACAGAACGACAGGAAAGCGACAGGCGACGGGAAAGCGACAGAGUCGUUAACACAAGAACUGCUUUAAUAAACAGUGUUGUGGCGUUCGGUAGUGAUUGUCUACAGGAUUAUUUGCUUGAGAAUAGUACUAAGCUUAGUGAGAUCCACGUCAAGUUAGUGCAGCAACUGAUACUAUCGUCAUUUGAACUAGCUAGAGAGUUGCAAGUUGUUCCUAAGAAGAUACAGUACGUCGCCGUACAGGAGAAGCAGCUUUUUGAGACUAUAUACCAGAAUUUCUCUGAAGGCGAUAAGAAGAGUGCUCUAGUCGAGAUGAUGCAGGAAGUAUUACAAGAAUUAAAAGAUGAAGUCAAUAACAUGGACUGGAGUAUAGAUGAACUACCAUGCCACCUAGAUACACGCUACCUAAUGACUAGUAUGUCAAAUUCAACCAUUUUGAGUCAGUCCGUCCGUCCGUCCGGAUCAGAUUCAACAUCGGACGGAGAAGAAGCAGUUUCUUAUGACAGUUGCAGCUUCGAUGAUUAUGAUAUUAUACACAGCCAUAGCAGCUUAGGACUGAGCGUGUUUAGCAAAGACUCAGACCAGUCGCCAGCCGAACGCAUACCAAUCGCCAACGAAUCAGAAUUGUUCUCUCUACAAUUCAGCAGUACCUCAAUAUGUACGACGGGGGACUCCAUAUCUGUCAAACAGGCCUCAUUGGAUGUGCAACGGACUGUUCUCUCUAAGCUGAGUCGCAAAAUAAGCCUGAAACUGGUUCCUUUCGUAGACUGUUUGAAACAGACGUAUUUCGGUACACUACAGAGGUGUCUAGAUGCCCUAGAAUCGACCUGCAGACAAGAGCUAGGUGGUAGACCAGCCAGCGAAGCAAUGAGAGAGCUACUCUCAGUGACUCGUCAAGUGGACUUAGAACCUUGUGCAUCUUUCUCCACGCUCAGGACGCUGCUAGAGGCUGCUAGAAGACUAUUUCAUAAACUGCGGAUCGUCGGCGGCGACGGUGACGGCCCCUGCUGCGUCAUCAGUCCAGUAUGGCGGCGGCAAACCGCACUCAGCUGUCAACAAUCACUGAGCGCUACCAAACUUGCCCGCCUUAUCGCUACACAGAUUUUAGAACGCCUCAGCGUAGCUCAUGAGCGUUACCAAGCCGCUCUAACUUCACUAGAAUCUGCUCUAGCCAGCCGGCUACACCACUCUGAAGACGUAAAACUCGCCAUUAGGAAGAAAUACGCCCCCACCUUCGCUCGGUUGUGCUUGGAAAGUACUUCGGUGUGUGAUCUGCUUAUGUAUGGAACGCCGGAACUGGGAAGAGAGAUAGGGCGCGGACAAUAUGGCGUCGUAUACGCCGCGCGAGGAGCGUGGGGCAAGCAUGAACCUGUUGCUGUUAAAUCUGUGUUGCCAGCUGACGAAAGACAUUAUCGAGAACUAGCCAUGGAGUUUUUCUAUACAAGGAGUAUCCCCCCUCACCCACGCAUCGUCGCCGUCCACGGCUCCAUAGUCCAACGCCGCGCCGGAGGAGCGUUAGGCGUCCUGCUCAUUUCCGAACGAAAAGAAAGGGACCUACACGCCGCGGUACGAGCAGGUCUACAUUAUGUUGAAAGGAUGAGAAUAGCCUGCGAUAUCAUCGAAGGCAUCCGCUACCUUCAUUCUCUGGGCCUCGUGCACCGCGAUAUCAAGAUGAAGAAUGUUCUCCUGGACUCCAAUAAUAGGGCAGCAUUGUCGGACCUUGGAUUCUGCGCCGCUGAGGCGCUCAUGUCCGGAUCUGUUGUUGGGACACCGGUCCAUAUGGCUCCAGAAUUACUCGCCGGCGAUUACGACGCGGCAGUAGACGUGUAUGCCUUUGGCAUCCUGUUCUGGUAUCUCUGCGCCGGAAACGUAAGGCUACCGGCGGCUUUCGAGGACUUUCAGAACAAGGAGCAACUCUGGACCAAAGUUAAGAGAGGACUCCGUCCGGAAAAAUUGUCGCAUUUCACAGACGCAUGUUGGGCGCUGAUGGAGACUUGUUGGAAUCCUGAGCCUUCCCGGCGUGCGUUGCUUGGAGAUAUACAACUACAGCUGGAAGGCAUCCUGCGUCAUGCCCAAACGCACCCCGCGCCCUGCGUCACACCCGGCGCCGACUCCGACGACAGUCUGGACAUGACGCUACACUAUCGGCCCAGUGUCGACUUCACUGCACUAUGAUACCAUCAUCAUAAAAAUAUGAUACCAUUUAUUGCCACACAAAAAAAAUGAUAGUUUACAAAAUAUAACAUAAAAAAAAUUACAUGCGCGGUAAAAGGAACGCGCUUAGCAUAUGCUGCGUCAGCCAUUUCAUUACAAAUUGACUGCUGACGAUAUCGUCAGCAUAUCAGCCGAAAGACGUCCACUGCUGGACAUAGGCCUCCCCAAGGGAUUUCCAUUCCACUACCGUCUUGCGCCGCUCCAUCGGCUCCCAUCAGGUUCUUGAGUGGCGACCACAAACCGAAAAUCGCAGCUGGAAAAGACCCAAAAUAAGAUUGUUCGACGAUCUGGAUCAGGGCGCGCUAUGAUAACCACACUUAAUAAAGGCCAAAAUGAAAUAAAACUAUGAAAACGGAUUAUAUGGCGAAUGGGGAUGUAUUAUAAAUUCAAUAUACGCGAUAUAAUCCGUUUUCAUAAUUUUAUUUCAUUAGUAACUAUCGCGGUAACCGAAGACAACAUUAAAGGCCAAAAUGGUUAGAAAAUCGAGUUUAUAGUGAGUACGCCUGGUUCGGUGUCUAUAUCGCCCCAGUUAGACGUUAAAUGUCAUUUCCAAGGUUAUUUUAACAGUAACGGUGAAGACGUAGGAAAUAAUGCCUUCGACAACAGUGAAAUGGCAUUAUGGAUCUCGAAGCCCUGCGUCACACCCGGCGCCAACUCGGACAUGACGCUACACUACCGGCCCAGUAUCGACUACACUGGACUAUAAUAAAUGAUAACUAACUUACACUUAACAAUAACGAAUAAAUGAAAUAUUUAAAAAACACCCUACGCUAUAUCCCAAAAAUAUUCAUUUUAUUUUGGAACUUCAAAUGCUGGAUCGAUUUGUAUCAAACAUAGCUAGGAACUACCGCAAGGAGACUCGCUUUCACGGUAAAAAUCCACAUCAAAAUCGGUCCAUUCGUUGGAGAGCUACCACUGACAGACAGACAUUGGCGUCAAAACAAAGAGGGGGUUAAAAAGAGGCAAAACAGUUAGAACCAAAUGAAGACCUCUAAAGGAGUCUAAAGUUAGUAUGCCUUGUCUAUCCGUCUCGAGCCAUUUGGAUGCUAAAUGUCAAUUUGAGAGGGUUAUUUUAACAGCAGAUUGCUGAUAAGAGGCAUGCAAAAGAUUAAGUAAAUACACUCACAACUCGCACGGAGUCUAAAGUACAUGCCUUGUCUAUCCGUCUCGAGCCAUUUGGAUGCUAAAUGUCAAUUUGAAGGUUAUUUUAAUAGCAAAUUGCUGAUAAGAGGCAUGCAAAAGAUUAAGACUGUAUUCAACAGCAGUGAAAGGACAUUACGAAUAUCGGGAAAUACCUUUUGGUAUCACUAAUGUACCAACUGAUUAACAGUUAGUUGCCAUCAAAUAUAACGGAGCGGCUAAGGUGUUUACAAAUAAUUGAACAAAGCCACUAUUAUAGAGAGGUUAUAGUGCAUGUUCAGAUAUUUUUGAGCACUGCGACUGUGCGUCCGAAAAUUAUGUACCUAAAUAAUGAUAAUCUGUCUCUUUUUCUUUUAUCUUAAGAGGCUGAAGACCUGUAAGUAGUGUUUAUAUUUUGUACUACCUUUUAGUUAGGGUUAUAUGUUUUUUUUAUAAAUUCCAAAUAUCACAACAGAAUAUCACAAACAAAUUGUAAGUACAUACACUAAGAAGUUAAGAUUAACAUCAAUUAGUACAGUAUUUUACAAAUAUUAGGUGUUAAAAAGUCAAAUAAGAAAUAUAUCACUUAGAAUAAGAUGUUCUUUGUUUCUUUAAUAUCAAAAAUAUGUUGUAUUUGAAUGUUAGAUAAAAUAAAAUGUACCAAAUAAAACGAAAAUUUUAUAAUACGUUUCAUCACACACCACAGUGUUUAGUUUGAUGUCCAAAUUUCAUGAAAGAUGGCGCUGUUACAAACGCAAACUAGGUAACGCUAGUUCAUCCUAGAAUCUUUAUAGGAAUCUGUCAAAUAUUUUAUAAUGUCCUAAGUCACUAAGUUCGAUAUUCUAUUGUACUAUAUUAAAGUUCACUUUUGAAUGCACUGUCAAGUGUCAUACCGAUCGAAGGACCACUUUGUUUAUAUUUGGUUUAUACAGGGUGAUUCAGGAGACGUGAGCAGGAUUAAGCCUACACAUUCAGUAACUUAUAAGCAACUGUUUCGUAGGUAUCAGUAUUAGUGAGAUUAACGUAAAUGUUUUAGUCGUAUUGAAAAAAAAAGUUAUUAAUUUAUUUACAAGAUGCAUGGUCGCCCUACAAUUAGAAAGUACUAAACUACCGAUAUUCUGUGUCAAAUUGAGUGUCAUCACUGUCAUCAGUCUGGUUGCUUUUGAAAACUCGUAUCUCACUCAAGUUUGACAGAUUUUCUUCAUAAUCAAAAUGCUGUCAUUGCGGUUAAAGAUGUUUUAUGAUUAAAUUAAAUUAAUAAGAUAAUUAAAUUUGUCCUUACCAAAAAGUUGAAAAAUAAGAACAAAUGUGGUAUGUUGCAACUAAAUACGACGGUGAUCGAUCAGUGAACAGUUACUGAGCGUGCAGGAUUAGUCCUGCUCACGUCUCAUGAAUGACCCUAUAUAAGAAUUAUAAGAUACAAGUUGCUACGUUACCAAUUUUUUAUUCAAUAUUUGACAGAUUCCUAUAAAGAUUCUAGGAUGAACUAGCGUUACCUAGUUUGCGUUUGAAACAGCGCCAUCUUUCAUGAAAUUUGGACAUCAAACUAAACACACAGUCUUCUUAAGAUUAUUCUUGCCUUAGUUUUAAUAACUUCACUUUAACGUUUCUUUAACAAUUCUUCUCUGUGACGUUCUUAUUUAAUAAUUAGUUUAUAAUCAAGAAUAUGUGACGAUUUUUAAUGCCUGUAAUUUUAAUCUCUAUGUCAACUUUAAUAAAGUCCACAUUCCUUUCAGUUCUUGGUUUUUACCAAGGCUCUUAAUGUCUAUGUGCAUUUCAAUGUAUACUCUGUUUCAAUCUUAUUUGAACCUUACACUAACUGAAUUAAGUAGCAUUUCUUUUUGUUUCAUUGUUUUCUAGAACAAACGAAAGUCACCCUAAUCUUCUAUACAACAAGGUUCAAAUUAAAAAUAGGGAAACUUUGUAUGGUGGGCUUUACGAGACUAUAAGUUCUUGUAGUCUCGAUUUGUGUAAUAAAAUUAUUUCCGUAAGUUUUAAUAUGAAACUUUGUAUUUUUCAAUGAUAACGUAGCUAGUCUUCAAAAAUAAUAUAAUAUACUACAAGUCUUGUUGCUAUAUUUUAAGAAUCUAGGAAUUUUCCAGUAUUUUUGAAUAUGAACAAAUUUUAAUACAUUUUAAAUUAAAUCCUCAAAAAAUGUAGACUUAAUGUGUGCUCUUAAGGGUGAUGCUAAUAAUUUAGAUAUUUUGAUGCGAUGUGAUGAGAUAAAUAUGUUGUGUUACUAAAUUUUAAAACAUAUAUUAUUUUUAAGGCUUUUGCUGAUAGGUUUACGAGGAUUUACUGUGUUAACAGCUUGAAUUAUAAUGCAGGCUCCUCGCCAUUAACUCAGCAUAUGUGGCUUUCCAUGCCUUUCCAUGCUUAUUUUCCAUGUGGACUCUUCUCUGAGGGAAAGGUUCCUUAUGACCCUUCUCUGAUGGAAAACCCCAUAUCUUUAAAAAAGAAUUCUGGGUAACCUUACUAUCAAGGCAAUAAAACUCUUAAUAUAUACCUAUAUGUAUUCCAUAUAGUAUAUCAAAUGGUUGAGCAUAUUUUAUAAGUGCGUUGUAAUUAUUUUAAGCUAUUUAAAGGCGUAUGUGUUCCUAUAGUUGGUCAAACUAAAUUGGCAGUAAAUAAGAACAAAAAAAACUAUACUCAUCCUUUUUUUGGGUGCUAGUACUAGUGUAAGACAGAUAUAGUAUGAUUAUCUCUGUCUAUGUUUGAAAUGAGACAGUCCUUUGACAAACUAUAUUUUUGCUACAAUAUGAUGAACAUUUCCGAACAUAUUGAAGAAAAUUUAUUUUUUUAGCAUGCUUUUCCCGGCAUGAUUAAGUAAAACGUGGAAAAAGAUAAAUGUUUUACAAAGUGAUUUAUAAACGCAUCUCGUGGGCGUCCGCUAGCUGGCGCGGGUGCACGCACGCGGGUGCACGCACGCGGGUGCCAUUGUAGGUAAAAUCCGUCGCACGCGUCCGCGCCAGUUAGCGACGCACAUACAAUUUUUCGUAAACCCGAUCACCCGCUCCGUCCAACCGCGCCAGCUAGCGGACGCCCUUAUCUGUGAAAGUGGGUGUCAUUUUUAGAUAAUUUAUGAUGUUCCUUUUGCCAAAAAUAUAUGUACAUUCCCGUUGCCAGGGAGGUUUAAGGAUUAUACUGAGCAACUUUUACUAUGGGACCAACCCUGAAAUCGCGAAAAAAAAAUUGGCUGUUUCAUACAUUUUGGCUGGUCCAUUUUCUAUGGUACAGUAAUUUUUUUUUUGCGAUUUCGUGGUUGGUCCCAUAGUAAAAGUUGCUCAGUAUAAUCCUUAAACCUCCCUGGCAACGGGAAUGCACAUAUUUUUUUGCCACCCUGUAUAUGCAAACUUUUCUUUUAAUUCGUCCCAAUGAGGGCUAUCGUUUUUUUGCUCACCAGUUGGCGCCUCUGUUGAUGGUGGUCCAAAAGACUAUAGAAAAGCUGUCAGUCAUUAAAGUGACAAGUGACAUUUGACAUUUCGAACUAUGGAAAAGACCACCAUCUACACUAGCGCCCCUAGCGGCGAAUUCAUACGCGUUAGCCCUCAUUGGAAAAGUCAUUCUUUUAACGGGAGUCUUAAAACCGCCUAAUGUUGGAAACAUUCUAAAUUGUGAUAAAAUAUUUAUACAAUUCGGUGUUAUUUUUGUCCAACAAAAAUUGUAUUUAUUGAAAGUAUUUAUGCUUAACCUUAAUAUUUAAGAAUCUCUAUAAGUUUGUUUUGAGUUUGAGCUAUUAUUUUUAAGAAAGUUACGUAAAACCAGGGUGAUUCACACAUUGUCAAAUAAAUACUUUAAACACAUUUACUACCGCACUAUAUCAUUAGUAAAUUGUCUUCGGAAAAAUAAUCAGACUAUGAAAAAAAAAACGACUUUUAUUAUUCUAGUCCUUGUUUAUCGCGAACAAAUGAAAUAGGUGAUCGAUGAAAUACUAACAGGCCAAUUUGAACGUACGCUGAUAUCAGAAUGAGAUCUAAUUGAUGUUAUUCUCGCGCAUUUCGUUCGUACUUGUAUUGGCGCGGGCGAGACGCAUGGUAGCUAAAUAACGUCGUUCAAAUAUAAUUCUGAUAUCAGUGUACGUUAAGGGGCCCACUGAUUAUCAGUCCACCGGACGAUAUCAGCCUGUCAGUUGUUCGGAACUGUCAGCAAAAAGUUGACAGUUCCGAACAAAUGACAGGCUGAUAUCGUCCGGCGGACUGGUAAUCAGUAAGCCUCUUUAGAAUUGGCGUGUAUGUCAGAAUUAAAAACUUCAAAAUAUCAUUAAAUGUAAAAAUUGCAAGUAAAUACCACUCCAAAUUUGAUGUAAUUACACAACUGUCAGAUAAGGCAACUAUUCGGCCUUCGUAAAUGCAAUUUUAACCCUUUCACCGCCAGACGUUCUUUCACGUUGACGUCAAGACUAGUCCCAAGCGUAAAAACGUUUAUGUACGUCAAUCAUUCAUUAUACUUCACAAGUGUAGUGUUAUUUCUGUACUUACUGUUGCUAUUAUUUUUCUCAGCAGUCUGAAACCUUUGAAGAAGUAUUUUAUAACAUUUUACUGACUCCAAAAAAUCGAGAGCUAUUCCAAAUACUUAUUUCCCUUCUCGGUUAGGCGUUUUUUUUAGGUAGACCCCGUCGUUUCUUAACCAAUUUUGAUUUUAAUUUUUUGUAUUUCACAUGAUUAUGUUUUUAAGGUUGUUAAUUUUUUUUUUCUUCAUAAAACUCAGUAAGUUACUCAUACCUUUAAGGCAUUGGGCGUCUAAAGGAUAUUUUUUUAAGCCCGUUCGGCGGUUGGCGGUAAAAGGGUAAACGUGAAUGUAUUAAAUUUAAGCGGGUUAACAUUUGUUUGUCCGUUUGUAAGUUUUGCUUCCAUUAUUAACUGCUUUUUUGCCUAAAUUCGGUUCCUCCACGAUUGAAUGCAUGUUUUAUGAUCGUUGACCGU